AAACCUCAGCUUUUUGAAUUUUAUUCCGACAAAAAGAUAAUCUUAUUCAUUUCGAACAAUACAUAUUCUAAAGUGGGUGCUUAUGUAUGUGGCAAAGAAAAGGAAAGAGUGUUGAUAGUUUUCUGAGAAAGAGGGGAAGUCUACAUUGAGUGUGCCGGUUCCUGGAGGAACUGCUGCAGCAGAGCCUGUCAUCUUAUCAUAACAACAUUGACAACACUCUUCACCAUAGUGCUACUCUUAUUGCUGUGGUACUGCUACUACCCCUUAUAGUCCUCUUCACCAACUGAAAAUCGGAGCUUCAAAAGCACAAGAGGGUUUCAAAGUUUUUCAGCUCCGGUUUUGUUUCUUCAUCCUAUUCAUUCAUAGAAAAACAAUGCAAGCUCUGGCCGGGAAACUGGUUUCUUUCACCAUGUGUAUGGGUCUUAUCAUUCUCUUUCUGCCAUUUAUCAGCUCAUCUCAAGAACAUGUGGGAUCCAUUGGCAGCCAUACAAACAAUAAAGGCAACAUUCAUAAGGUGAGGAGUCAUAAACUGAUGUUUGAGAUUACACUACAUGGAUUCCUCCUUUGGGCAUCAAUGGGGUUUCUGAUGCCUGUUGGGAUACUGGCUAUCAGAAUGUCAAACAGAGAAGAAUGUGGAAGAAGACUUAAAAUUCUUUUCUAUGUUCAUGCAGUUUCACAGGUACUUUCUGUGCUUCUUUCUACAGCAGGAGCAGUCAUGUCUAUCAAAAGCUUUAAUAACUCCUUCAACAAUCAUCAUCAAAGACUAGGGGUAGCUUUAUAUGGUAUCAUAUGGUUGCAAGCCUUGACCGGCGUUUUACGUCCAUGGAGGGGAUCCAAGGGAAGAAGUGCAUGGUUUUUUGCACACUGGUCACUAGGAACUGCAGUGGCUAUUUUAGGUGUAAUCAACAUUUACACUGGAUUGGGAGCAUAUCAUGAAAAGACAUCAAGAAGCAUAAAGCUUUGGACCAUACUUUUUACUGUACAGAUCUCUUCGAUUGUUUUCAUUUACCUGUUUCAAGACAAAUGGUUGUAUAUACAAAAGCAAGGAGUGAUUUUGGGCCAUGAACCAGUAAGACCCACAGAACAAGAUAUUUCACCCAGAGAGAAGCAAAAGGAAUCAACUGCUGAGCAUUGUUAAGCACCAUGUUAUCAGCGACUUAAUUACUAACAAUGGAGGAAUUCUUUCCAUCCCUCUGUAUUCUUCUUCUGGAUUUUCUUCUUUAGAAGAAUUGGUCUAUAGACCACAAUAAGCCUUGUAGACAGAAACUUCUAUUUGUUGGCUUAAUCGAGGAUGUUUUGCUGUUCCUUCUUUCUCAUCAAUUUUGCUCGGUCCCAGCCCUCUCUUUCUCCUGUUUCCAUCUAUAUAUGUAUAACAGGAGAUUAACACUAGGCAAAAUGAAGCUAGAUUUCCAAUAUCAUCUGACUAUGAUGAAGCCCUAUAUCCAUUAUCGAUAAGGAGGGUUCAAUUUUGUUGUACAAGGGACUGCAGUUUCAUUGGACAUGAUGCUCAACGUUUCUCUUU